AUGUGUCACGUCAUUACCUCUCCCUCUCACCCAGCUGUUCGCCUCUUCCUGCCAUCCCGCUGUCGGCUCUCCCUCUCUACCCCGCCAUCACCUCUCCCUCCUAUCCCGCCGUCGCCUCUUCCUCUCACCCCGCGGUCGCCUCCCUCCCAUCCCGUCGUCGCCUCUCCCUCUCGUUCGCCGUCGCCUCUCCCUCUCGUUCGCCGUCGCCUCUCCCUCUUACCCGCCACCGCCUCUCCUUCACAUCCCGCCGUCUCCUCCCCCUCGCAUCCCGCCGUCGCCUCCCCCUCACAUCUCGCCGUCGCCUCCCCCUCACAUCCCGCCGUCGCAUCCCCUUCACAUCCCGCCGUCGCAACCCCCUUCAUCCCGCCGUCGCCUCCCCCUCACAUCCCGCCGCCGCCUCCCCUUCACAUCCCGCCGUCGCCUCCCCCUCACAUCCCGCCGUCGCCUCUCCUCUCACCGCCGUCGCCUCCCCCUCUCAUCUCGCCGUCGCCGCUGACGACAGCUGCAUGA